ACGUCACUGCUAUCAUCUUCGUGGUGGCCAGCAGCAGCUACAACAUGGUAAUAAGGGAAGACAACAACACCAACAGGCUACGAGAAGCCCUGGACCUUUUCCGUAGCAUAUGGAACAACAGGUGGUUACGCACUAUAUCAGUCAUUUUGUUCCUGAACAAGCAGGACAUGCUGGCUGAGAAAGUAUUAGCGGGAAAAUCCAAAAUCGAGGACUACUUCCCUGAAUAUGCCCGCUACACCAUACCAAAUGAAGCAACUCCUGAACCCGGUGAAGACCCGAGAGUGACUCGAGCCAAGUUCUUCAUCCGGGACGAGUUCCUUCGGAUCAGCACUGCGAGCGGCGACGGCAGACAUUACUGCUACCCCCACUUCACGUGCGCCGUGGACACGGAGAACAUCCGGCGGGUGUUCAACGACUGCCGGGACAUCAUUCAGAGAAUGCACCUGCGGCAGUACGAACUCUUGUGAUGGACAGGAGACCGUCUCCGUCAGCCUUCUGUGUUUUAUCUCCGCCAUUCUGCAUCCUUGACGAACCCUGACUACUCCUCCUCCACCCGUGCUCCUCCCCCCCUCAGACCACCCCUCCUGUCGAGGAAUACAAAGUACUACUGAAGUGUGUCAAAUCCUCCUCAUCCUUUUUGACCUUUUUGUAUUUUUUUCUUUU